CGGGCCGCCCGCGCCCUCCCAGCUCCCCCACCAGUGCACGAGUUUACCUCUAGAGGUCAUCAGGCAGGAUUUACGACUGGACAACAAAAGCACGUGAUGUGAAGCCGUACCCCAUAUUUGGGUGCCUACGUAGGAGGGAACCAAGUACAUGUCCCAGUCAUUUCCAUAAUUCAUCAUAAAUUGUGCAAGGGUGCUAUAGACGCACAAAACGACCAAGAGCCACAAAUCAAGCACACAUAUCAAAAAACAAAUGAGCUCUUAUUUUGUAAACUCAUUUUGCGGUCGCUAUCCAAAUGGCCCGGACUACCAGUUACAUAAUUAUGGAGAUCACAGCUCGGUGAGCGAGCAAUACAGGGACUCCGCCAGCAUGCACUCCGGCAGGUACGGAUACGGCUACAAUGGCAUGGACCUCAGCGUCGGGCGCUCUGCUUCCACUCACUUUGGUGCCAAUGAGAGACCCCGCAGUUACCCGGCCAACACCACCUCUGCCUCGACAGAGCCCAGGUACAACCAGCCCGCGACGUCUUCCCACUCGCCUCCCCCUGACCCUCUGCCCUGCACCGCCGUGGCCGGUUCGCCUGUCAGCGAGAGUCACCACGGGGUGAAAAACUCCCUCGCCAACUCCACCAGCACUUCGUCCAAUUCCAGCAGCAACACGCACAUCAGCAGAGACGGGGUUGGCACCUCGUCUGGGACUGAGGAAGACACUCCAGCAAGCAGCGAGCAGGCAAGUGCCCCGACCGACCAAAGCACAGCCCAGCCUUCACAGCCCCAGAUCUACCCCUGGAUGCGAAAACUGCACAUAAGUCAUGACAACAUAGGGGGACCAGAAGGGAAAAGGGCUCGGACUGCUUACACCCGCUAUCAGACCUUGGAGCUCGAAAAGGAAUUUCACUUCAAUAGAUACCUGACCCGCAGAAGAAGGAUUGAAAUAGCACAUGCUCUUUGCCUCUCAGAGAGACAAAUAAAGAUCUGGUUCCAAAACAGGAGAAUGAAAUGGAAAAAGGAUAAUAAGCUGAAAAGUAUGAGCAUGGCAGCUGCAGGAGGGGCAUUCCGUCCCUAAGCGUUUGAUCAAUUAAAAGUACUGAGCAGUAUUAGCUGACCCUGCGUCGUCUCAUGUCAGUACUAAGUUGACUUUCUAAAACUUCCUUGUGUUACUUCUGUGAAGAAACCCUGUUCUUGUCGCCCUUAUUCAUCUUUUAAUCAUGAGCCUGUUUAUUACCAUUCUCUCGCGUGUAUAAGUAGAUCUGCUUUUAUCGUACAUUUCUUUGUCUUGAAUGGCUUUGUCUUGAAAAAAAUAAUAGAUGUUUUAACUUAUUUAUAUGAAGCGAGCUGUGUUACUUGAAGUAACUGUUAAAACAAAACAAAACUAAACAAAAAAGAACAAAAAGAAAAAAAAGAAGUUAAAAAAAAAAAGGAGAGAGAGAAAGGAAACCCUCCCCCGGUUUAGUACAAAUGUUAUGUGUUGCACUCAACCUGCUUAACUGUGCAUGUGUGGUCAAGUGUUAAUGUCUGUAUAGCUCCAAGCUGUUAAAAAUAUUUUUAUUCAAACUACCUAUAUAAUUCCUGUGUAAUUAAUGCUGUUGUAGAGGUGAAAUGAUGAAAUCAACUGAACUUGUCCUACGUGUAGUGAAUAGUGAAUCUGUGACGAAAACUGUGAUUCCAAGCAGUAUGUCCUUGCUGUGCCUUUGUAUAUGACUCUUUGCACGAACUCUUAGAAGUGGCUUUUAUUAAGCGCAGCUUCUGUGAUGUAUGUUUUUUGUGAACAAAGUUACAAAUAUAGUCAAAGUCUGGCUGUUUGAGCAAA